AUGGGGAAGAUUAUUGUGUGCCCAGUUGUAAUAGCUGCUUAUUCCAAAAAUGAAACUCUAUUCCAACUGACCGAGAACCAAAAACUGUGCCAUUUUUUCGCCUUUUGCAUGACUUUCUUCAGCCUGGCGCCCACCCUCAUCCUCUUGGCCAUGGCUGUCGAUUGUUGGCUGGCUCUAGCCUAUCCAUUUACCUAUCAGAGACACAUCACCAACAAAUUUGGGCUUAUGGUCCCUGUUGCGGCCUGUAUCUUCAGCCUGGGCUUCUGUUCUUUGCCUUUUUUUGGAAUUGGGAGGUUUGUGCAAUAUUGUCCCGGCACCUGGUGUUUUAUUGAAAUGACCAUGAGGGACUCCGCUCUUGGGGAUCGCAUCUAUUCUAUGCUCUAUGGGACAAUUAUGGGACUAAUAGUAUUGGCCAUCAUUUUCUUCAAUGUGGCCAUCAUGAGACAUCUCUAUACAAUGUACCGAAAUAAUAGCAUGAGGAUCAUUGUUCGUGCCAACGUAGGCAACAAAGGGAUGGAUGGGAACCAAGCACAGAUGAAGGAGUUGGACCAUCUAAUUCUGCUAGCAGUCAUGACUGCUUUAUUUGCUGUCUGCUCAUUGCCUCUGACUGUAAGUAUACAUUAUAUAAAAGUAGAAUAUUUUAUUGCAAACCUACAUAUGAUUUAA